AUGGGCGGCCGCAACAAGAAGCAGCGCGCGGGCAGCGCGGCUCAUGCGGCCGCCGCCGCCACCGCCACCGCCCGCGCUCGCGCCGCGCAGGCCGGGGUGGCCGCGGCCGCGGAGCCCGGCAGCCGCACCGCCCCGCCGCGACCAGCGCCCGCCUCCAAGGAACCGCGUGUCAAACAAGGUCCAAAAACUUACAGUUUUGGUUCAACAACAGAUUCCAAUGCUGCUGCAAAUCUAGAUAAAUCUGUUCUUAAGGUAAUGAUAAAUGGUAGUUUAGAGAAAAGGAUUAUCGAUGUGAUUAAUAACCAUAAAAACCAAAAUGAGGACAAGGGAAUGAUUUCCAAAAGACUGACUGCAAAGAAACUACAGGAUGUAUACAUGGCUUUACAAAGAUUCUCUUUCAAGACUGAACACAUUGAAGAAGCAAUGAAAAAUACACUUUUAUAUGGGGGUGAUCUUCACUCUGCACUUGAUUGGCUUUGUUUAAACCUUCCCAAUGAUGCCUUGCCUGAAGGUUUUAGCCAGCAAUUUGAAGAACAGGAACAGAAACCUAGAGCAAAAUUUUGUUCUGCUGUGUCAAAGUGUGGAAUGCCUCCUCACUUAGAAGAUAACAAAAAGAAAGAAAAUGGCCCUGGAACUAAGGAAACAAAUGUGAGGAAAGAGAAAGAAUUGACUAUGAAGGAAUGGAUUUUGCAGUACGCCGAGCAACAGAGUGAUGAAGAGAAGGAUGAGUCUGUGAAAGAGACAGAUGAAGAAAAAUUUGACCCAAAUGAGAGGUAUAUACAUCUGUCUGCCAAGCUUUCAGAAGCAAAAGAACAAGCAAGCAUCUCCAAGCAAGACAAAGAUAAGCAAGGCCAGAAGGCAGCACAAGAAAAAAUAAGAAGAAUUCAGCAAGAAAUGGCAGCACUUGAGGAACAUCCAGUAUUUAAUCCAGCUAUAAAGAUUUCAAACCAACAGCAAAAUGAAAAGAAAAAAACUCCCUCAUCUCAACCUCAGGAGACCACUUUGAACUUGAGUUUGCUUGAAAAACCUGAUGGUGCUGCAAAGGAAGACAAAGUGAAAAAGAGAGAUCCACUAGAUAUAAGAAAUUUUGAUUAUAGUGCUCGAAGCUGGACUGGUAAAUCUCCAAAACAGUUUUUGAUUGACUGGUGCAGAAAGAAUUUUCCAAAGAGCCCAAAUCCUUCUUUCGAAAAAAUUCCUGUUGGAAAAUAUUGGAAAUGUAGGGUCAGGAUUAUCAAGUCAUCAGAUGAUGUAAUGGCAAUGUGUCCUACAAUCGUAACAGAAGAUAGUAUGCAAGCACAACAUCUAGCUGCUACUUUGGCACUCUACCAUUUAACCAAAGGACAGUCAGUUCAUCAGUUGCUGCCUCCUACCUACCGAGAUGUCUGGCUAGAAUGGAGGGAUAUUGAAAAGAAAAAGGAAGAGGAAAGCAAGAUAGAAACCAACAAACCGCGUGAUACCUUUAUUGCUAAAUUGUUAAACAAACUGAAACAGCAGCAGCAGCUACAGUCUGAAAACGAGCCAAGACUAUCUGAGGGUCCUGAAGAUUCCUGGGAAAACUUGGUUCCUGAUGAGGACUUCAGCAGUCUCUCCCUUGAGACCUCAGAUGCAGAUAAUUUGGAACCUUCAAGGAAUUUGUUUAGGAAGCUGCAGAGUUCCUCUAGAUACCAGAGGCUUCUGAAAGAGAGGCAGGAGUUACCUGUGUUUAAGCACAGAUACUCAAUUGUAGAAACUCUUAAAAAACAUCGAGUAGUUGUUGUCGCUGGUGAAACAGGCAGUGGGAAGAGUACCCAGGUGCCCCAUUUCUUAUUGGAAGACCUGUUGCUAGAUGAAGGAUCAAAAAAAUGUAACAUUGUUUGCACACAACCCCGAAGAAUCUCAGCAGUGAGUCUGGCAACAAGGGUUUGUGAAGAGCUAGGCUGUGAAUCAGGACCAGGAGGAAAAAACUCCCUGUGUGGAUAUCAAAUUCGUAUGGAAUCAAGAACAGGAGAAGCCACCAGACUGCUGUACUGUACAACAGGUGUCCUGCUUCGGAAACUUCAAGAAGAUGGUCUCCUGUCAAGUAUAUCUCAUAUUAUUGUUGAUGAGGUACAUGAAAGAAGUGUCCAGUCUGAUUUCUUGCUAGUUAUUCUGAGAGAGAUCUUGCAUAAACGCUCAGACCUGCACCUGAUUUUAAUGAGUGCCACUGUAGACAGUGAGAAGUUUUCCAGCUAUUUCUCACACUGUCCCAUUUUAAGGAUCUCGGGGAGAAGCUACCCAGUUGAGAUUUUCCAUGUUGAAGAUGUAAUUGAAGCAACUGGCUAUGUUCUGGAGAAGGACUCAGAAUAUUGUCAGAAGUUCUUGGAGGAGGAGGAGGAAGUAACAAUAAAUUUUACGGGUAAAGGAGGAAGCACUACAAAGCACCAGGAGUAUAUCCCAAUCCAGUCCGGAUCUGGUAUCAAUUUGACUACUUACUAUGCGAAAUAUAGCAGUCGUACACAGCAGGCUAUCUUAUAUAUGAACCCUUACAAGAUCAACCUUGAACUUAUUUUGGAGUUGCUUGCAUACUUAGAUAGAAGUCCCCAGUUCAAGAAUAUUGAAGGUGCUGUGCUGAUUUUUUUACCAGGCCUUGCUCAUAUCCAGCAGCUGUAUGAUCUCAUUUCAACUGACAGAAGAUUUAACUUGCACGACAGGCACAGAUUGAUAGCUUUGCAUUCUGUUCUUUCAACACAAGAUCAAGCAGCUGCAUUUACAAUACCUCCUCUUGGUAUUAGAAAGAUUGUUUUGGCAACCAAUAUAGCAGAGACAGGUAUCACAAUACCAGAUGUUGUCUUUGUAAUUGAUACUGGGAGAACAAAAGAAAAUAGGUAUCAUGAAAGCAGUCAGAUGAGUUCCCUGGAAGAGACCUUUGUUAGCAAAGCUAGUGCUCUGCAGCGACAAGGAAGAGCUGGCCGUGUUAGGGAUGGGUUCUGCUUCCGAAUGUACACGAGAGACAGGUUUGAAAGCUUCAUGGAAUAUUCUGUUCCAGAAAUACUGCGUGUGCCUUUGGAGGAAUUAUGCCUUCAUAUUAUGAAAUGCAAUCUUGGCUCUCCUGAAGAUUUUCUUUCUAGAGCAUUAGAUCCCCCACAGCAGCAAGUAAUUGGUAAUGCAAUGAAUCUUUUGAGGAAGAUUGGCGCUUGUCAGUUAAACGAGCCCAAGUUGACUCCGUUGGGCCAGCACCUUGCAGCCCUUCCUGUUAAUGUAAAGAUUGGCAAAAUGCUUAUAUUUGGUGCUAUAUUUGGCUGUUUGGAUCCUGUGGCAACUUUGGCUGCUGUUAUGACAGAAAAAUCCCCAUUUACUACACCUAUUGGUCGAAAAGAUGAAGCAGAUCUUGCAAAAUCAUCUCUCACUAUGGCAGUUUCAGACCAUAUAACAAUCUACAAUGCUUAUCUGGGGUGGAAAAGGGCCCGACAAGAAGGGGGAUAUCGUGCUGAAAUGACUUAUUGCAGAAGGAAUUUCCUUAAUAGGACUUCACUGUUAACUCUGGAGGAUGUGAAGCAAGAACUCAUAAGGGUGGUCAGAGCAGCAGGGUUUACAGCACCUUCAACACAAUGUGGAGGGGAUGGAAAUGGAGCGACACAGUCCCUGUCUCUCAGUGAAAUAGCUCUUCUUAAAGCUGUGUUGACUGCAGGGCUGUAUGACAACGUAGGAAAAAUACUAUAUGCAAAGUCUGUGGAUAUUACAGAGAAGCUGGCUUGCACAGUAGAAACUGCUCAGGGUAAAGCUCAAGUUCAUCCCUCUUCUGUAAAUCGAGACUUGCAGACUUAUGGAUGGCUGCUUUACCAGGAGAAGGUGAGGUAUGCCAAGGUGUAUUUGAGAGAAACUACUUUAAUAUCCCCCUUUCCCAUUUUGCUUUUUGGUGGGGAUAUAGAAGUCCAGCAUCGCGAGCGUCUCCUGACAGUUGAUGGUUGGAUCCAUUUUCAGGCUCCUGUUAAGAUAGCAGUAAUUUUCAAACAGCUGAGAGUUCUCAUUGAGUCUGUUUUGAAAAAGAAGCUUGAAAAUCCCAAAAUGUCACUUGAAGAUGACAAGGUCUUAUACAUCAUCAAGGAGCUGAUAAAAACAGAAAACAGUAACUGAAAUCAGAAAUCAGUAACAAAUCAGAGCUUCAGUAAUUGCAGGGGAAAUACGCAUUCCAACACUAAUUGGAAGUAUUUAAAUUCUUAGUGUGGUUGAUCUCAGCCACGAUGGGGAUAGAAUGCAUGAUUUUGCAUAGGAUCAGCCUUUCUUUUUAUCAAUUUUACGAUGAAUAUUUAAUAUGUUUAGCCUUUACACUAUAUUUGGUGCCAUUUGUCUUGACUGUAUGAAUGAUAACUGCAAGCAGUUUUUUCAAACUUGUCGCAGACAUUUUUUCAUAGAAAUCCUUUCUUUGGGAUUUGUUCAUCUUCUGGGAAGCUGUGCCCCCAGAAGAAGAAUGUAAACAAUUGUUAUCGGCUGGUGUGGAAUGCAACAGGUGCAGCGGUGAUUGGUCUUCUGUGAGUGUUUGGAUUUGCUGACCACUCACAGGAGAGUUUGUCCUUGCUUUCUGCUGGACACAGAACUUUGUUAUUCAUUCUUUCCUAUUCUAUUCUUAGCUUAGCAGCCUCUGCAACUUCUCUCUUUAUUCCUUUUAGUAUAGUAAUAAUGUAUUAUAUAUCAUAUAUCAAUAAAUCCAGCCUUCUGAUCAUGAACUAAGAUUCUUGUCCACUUCUCUCACACUGAAGACCUCAUCAGGUUGCUGUAAUACAAACUAUGAACUGUCCACAGCCAUUUCUCUUUUUUAACUUAAUGUGCUAAUCAUACCAUCAGUACAAUGUGUACUGAUGAUUGAAGAUUCGAUCCUGAAUCUCAGUUGAGUAGAAUUCCAUUUAUGCAAACAAAAGACAAAUGUUUCUCAUAUGGGUUACCUAAGUGAUGAAAUUUUUUUUUGAACUAAAUUUACAGUAUUAAACCAAGACAUCUUAGAAAAGUCCUAAUUUUUCUGUAUGAUUUGUGUUGAGAAGAUGCUCGAUAAGCAUCUAUAAGAUGAUAGUAUGGACUGCUGUGAAUGAGUGCUCAGCGAGAUGUGUACUGACCAGCAGCUCCUCCCAAGGAGGGGGAUGUGCCUCUUCGCACAGUUAUUCCUCCCUGUUUACCCUGAUCCUUGCAACUCCUGCAACUUUUAUUAUACUUUUUUGUGUGUUAAGUUUUGCAUAGUUCUCCAGGCCCCCUUCAAGAGAUGAUCAUGUGGUUUUUCUCCAUGUAUUGAUCGAAAUUCACAUUGACCCUCUUCAAGGAAAUACCAGAGAAGUUCCUAGUGGAAGCUUCCAGUGGCAGUUUUCUCCUACCCUACUUGCUCACAAUGACUGCAUGUCUGUGUGAUCCUUUGUUUCUUGUUUCUUUAAUACUGAAUAACCCUUAACUGAAUAGCUUAAUGAAUCAGAUGGUCUCACCUUCCACCUAUCUACACUAUUUCUAAUUAUAAAGUACAGUUUUAAAUUGCCAACUUAGCUUUCAAGAAUAAGGGAUAUAUUGGUGGGGAGGAUCUGCCAUUAAACAGUUGCAGUCAAAUAGGAACUGUCUUCACAGACAGAAGCACAGUGUAGAUGACAACUUUUGUUUAAUCUGAAAAAUAAAGAUUUUCUACAGCAGAGGUUAAUCACGUACAGGAAGGGCAUUCAGGAAAUUGAAUGCAUAAAAAUGCAAAAUACAUGGAGCCUAUCCAUUUAGAUUAUGACAGCAGAACUGGUAUUGCUGUCCAGCUUGUGCACAUUAGCUUGCACCAAUUUUUGAAGAGGAGAGCUUUUUGCUAACAGCUCUGAAGGAACGGGGAUCAUAUCUGUUAUUCUUUUAUGCAUUAUGAUAAUGUAGUGGCAGUCCUGAUUUCAUAGGAGACAGGAAGUAACUUUUGGGGUUUCUUUUACAACACCAUUUAGCAAGGAAGCAUUUGAACAGGAAGUUUUGAUCUUAGAUCUUAUGAUCUCAACUUUGUCUUCAGUAUUCCCACACUGAAAUCAAAACCUGCAAAUUUUAUUCAUUGAAGAUAUAAAAUAAAUCUGUACCCUAAACAAAUUUCCUAUGUUUUAUUUUGGUUGAGAUGGCUUUUUUGAUGUUUUGGUUGAGAUGUUUUAUUUGUAUCCUUUGGAAACAGGAAAUAGAAAAAUAUCUCAGUAAUUCAGUUAUUAGCAAGCUGCUCUUUCUUUUGGGUUUGAAUUUUGCAAAUGAGUUGUUGGUCUUAAAUGGUUAAAUCCUAGGGAAAGUGUGAAUUGUGUUUGAGUUCUUCUCCCUUAUCCAACUGUGAUAAAUGAGAGGGUUUUUUCCAUUUAUAGGUGGUAAUGUUGAAACUCAAGAGUUAUUUGUGUUUCUCUAGCACGCUGUGCUUUGUAAUCUUCUAAAUAAAGAACUGAAAUAAAUUAAGGGGAUAUAUUGUAAUAACUGGGAAAUUGGAUGAUCUUCUGUGUGAGCAACUGUUUUCUGUAAAACAAAUGAGGGAGGUCACACUGUGGUGUACAGUUAAGCACAGUUAACUUUUAAAAGAAAAAACUAAAAAAAAAAAUUAAAACCCAGGAAACAAAAAAAAAAGUAGAUGCUACACUGGCUUUCUGCUUCUGCAGUAUACAUGAGCAACUUUUGUGCCUGUAUUCUUUUUGGUGGAUGAACUUUCUCUUUUGCUCUAUUUAUUUAAUAAAGACUUCUGUUAA